AUGGAUACAAUUGAACUGCUUCUUUCAAAGUUGCCUCAACUUCGACAUUUGGUUUUAACUGGACCAGCUAAUGGUAAUAUUGCAAAUGGACAUUGCUGGGAAAUACUGGCGAUGAAUUUAAUAUCAUUUGAUUUUAAGUUUAUUAUUGAAGUAGAUCGAAUUGAUUUAGUCCUCGAAUCAUUCCGUUCUUGGUCUUGGAUCGAACACAAGCGUUGGUACAUUGCCUAUAAAGAACAUUGUCUACUCACUGUGCCAUAUUGCACUGGCAUUACUGUGAAGCUUCCGCUUCAUCCACCUAUUUAUUCGACUGCACCCGAUAAUACACUCUUCUAUGAGCAUAUAAAUCAUCUUAUACUAUCAGAAAUGUCAGAAGAAGAUUUGCAUCAUUUUCAUCAUGUUAAACUAUUAGAUUUUCGAAGCAGCAUUCCACUAGAAAUUCUUCAAAUGAAAAUUGAUCUCAAUCGAGUAGACUGUUUGAUUUUACAUUCAUCAAUCGAGCCAUCAUUAGCUGUACUUAUUCCACUUGUUAUGCCUCUUUUGAAGGUAAUAGGAUUGUAUUGUAAUAUGAAAGAAUUUCUUGAAAAUGCGCGACAUAUGUACUAUCACUAA